AAUUGCCCUUAAAAUAUUUGGAUUUACGUCAUUUACAUUCUCAACAAACUGCUGUACCUGCGAUCGCUAGCAAAAGCAAGAAAACUGAACAGUGGCAAAAAUUCAGCUGAUUCUGUUUGUCGUAUGUGCGCCAUUGAUGUCUCUAAACUAUUGCCAAAGAAAGCACAGGCGGGGACGCUGGAAGUAUUCGUUUUUAUUUUCUUUGUUUUCCUUGAGAACCGUUUGGAUAUAGGUCUCUGCUACAGUCUGUGCCGGUGUCACGGGCGUGCGUCACGCCAUGUGAGUGGGCCGACGGCGACGGCGCGACACUCCCUGCUGCGGCGUCGGCGGUGCGGCUGCCCCUCCUCCUCCGUCGGCCGCCGCUCGGCGCGGCACAGCUGGCACCGACGCAGGCACGCGCGCACGCACACGACCACGGCCGAGUCUGCUGAGUGCCGGCCGGAGUGUCGGGCGGACGGUUACUCACUGAGUGCCGCGAGUGACGCCAGACGUGCGGAGAGUGCCGGGCGCGAGUGAAUGCAGAGUGACAGAGACCGCUGAGACUCCUGAACAAACUGCCUACUGUCGAUCAGCGCUCCUAACUGUCGCCACUGCUCCAGUCCGCCCCCGACAGUCAUCAUGUCGCGCUCCUCCGCUGUGAAGAACAAGCACGUUCCCGCAGACAAGAUCAACCUGCGGCUCAUCCUUGUGAGCGGCCGCAGUAGGGAGUACCUAUUCGACGCCGGCGACUCGGCCGGAGAUAUCGCCCAGUUUGUGUUCGACACGUGGCCAGAAGACUGGAGUUCGGAGGCCGUGAGCCAGGCGGAGGUACUGCGUCUCAUCUACCAGGGUCGCUUUCUGCACAGCAACGUGAAGCUGUCGGCGCUGGGCCUGCCGCUCGGCAAAACCACCGUAAUGCACCUGGUGCCGCGAGAGAGCUUGCCCGAGCCCAGCUCACAGGAUGAGCAGCAGAAGAGCAAGGCGAGCUCGCGCGGCUGCUGCGCCUCCUCGUGUGUGCUGUCCUAGCGGCCUGGCGGUUCAAAUGGAGGAGACAGCCGGUACGACACAUGUCUAACCGUGUCAGUCAGCAGGCUCAGGCGGGCUCCGCCGGGCCGGGAGACGACUCGAUGAGUUGGUGAGGGAAGGACGGGGAGGAGAGGUGAGCCCUCCACCGGUAAGGACGCCACAUCACUGGUGUGAGACCGCGGGCUCGACCCGUCGGCCGUGUGGGGAGAGCCAUGCUCGCGAGUGAAAGGCGGUCGAUUGAGUGCAAGUGAGCGGGUGACGCGCUUUGUUGUAGCACGCUGCGCUUGCUGCGCCCGUUCCUGUCAGCCUGCGGAUACCGGUGAUCGGCCUGUGCUCGCCGGACGUCGCCCGUCAACAUUCCAUGCCACCGCCGCCGCCGAUCGCCGCGCCAUCUGUGAUCUAGAUCGACAACUAGUAGUACCGCGCGGUGGCGUCUCUGCGUCCCGAAGCACGCUCGCUACGUCGCUCCGUGCGCUCGCCUGUUUUAUGUAGCUCUGCUCUGUGUACCUGUAUUGCGCGACAUGUGUUUGCCAUGGUUUUGAGUGUUGUAUGCGUGUGCUGACUCCUGUUCUCUAUUCUAGCGUCGGCGUGCUAUGAAUGGCUCACGCCGCGCGUUUUCUCGUCAGUUCCUGUAGCGCUAUAUCGCGUUUCGCUCGUAGCCAUUACAUAGUAUAAUGUACACAUUUUAGCCGGGUCCCGGUCGACCUGGCCGGCUCACGGGCCUGUUGUGCCGACGUUAGCCAGACGUAGAUCUGAGCUGAGUGUGAAUCUCGGUCGUGGGUCUGAGAAACGGCGGCUCCGUCCCCGGCGAGGCUGCCAAAUACUCAGCGGCGCCUCGGCCGCCGGCCGCCGGGCCGUGUUUUAGCCGGGCGGUCCGCCCCCGCCCCCGCCCCCGCCCCCGCCCCCGCCCGAGCGGAGUCGGCGGCUGGCGGCGGAAUGUUGCACGUUUAAAGGUUUCGUGUUUUCUUUUAAGGUCUAUUGUUUGAGUGAGACGGUAGGCGUAAAUAGACUAACUGAACGGUG